CUCCGAGCUUUAUCUGCAGUCAGUCAGGAUGGAGGAUGGAGGUCGUUAUCAGUGUGCUGUAGGAGAUCAUCGCUCCUCUGCUGUGACUCUUAAUGUAGGAUAUCCUCCAAAAAACGUCUCAGUGUCCGUCAGUCCUUCAGGUGUAAUAAUGGAGGGAAGUUCAGUAACUCUGACCUGCAGCAGUGAUGCUAAACCAGCCGCCUCGUAUCACUGGUAUAAAGGAACAGACCUCAAAGCAACAAGAGAAACGUUUACCAUCCACAAGAUCAGAUCUGAUGAUGGAGGAGAAUAUAAAUGUCGGGCCAGGAAUGAACACGGAGAUCAGAACUCCACUGCUGUAAAUAUUGAUGUUCACUAUCCUCCGAGGAGCGUCUCAGUGUCCGUCAGUCCUUCAGGUGAAAUAACGGAGGGCAGUUCGGUGACUCUGACCUGCAGCGCUGUUUCUAACCCCCCUGUGGAGAACUACACCUGGUAUAAAGAACAAACCUAUAAAGGAAGUGGAGAAACCCUCACUGUUAGGAACAUCAGCUCUGAGGAUGGUGGAGAGUACAAGUGCAGGACCAGCUAUAAGAACCAGUUUAAAUCCUCUGGUCCUGUAGCUGUAAAGGUUUUGUAUCCUCCUAAAAGAGUCUCGGUGUCGGUUAGUUCCUCUGCUGAACCUGAUCAGAGCGGUUUAGUGAAUCUGACCUGCAGUGCUGAUGCUGACCCCCCUGUGGAGAGCUACGUCUGGUAUAAAGAAGGUGGAAGCUCAGCUGUAGGAUCUGGACAGAGUUACGGCGCUCGGCCGGGUGAAUCCUACUACUGCCGGGCUCAGAAUAAACUCGGGGAGCAGACGGUGGCGGCGCUGUUCGUUACCCUGAACGGUGGAUAUUCCACGACUGACUGUAUGGCUGUAGGAGUUGGAGUUGGAUUGUGUUUGGUGGCAGCUGCUUUUGUUGGGUUUUUCUGCUGGAGAAGGAAGAUGCAGAUGAGACAGAAGGAUGAACGUGAUCAGAAGGAUGCCGAUGCUGAUGCUGAGACGUACGCAGCUCUCGAUCCAUCGUCCAGGUCCUCCAACAAUGAGUACGGCACUCUAACAACGGUGAGAAACCAGAACUGAUGGUGGAUGUCCGACCAUCGAAGUCUGAGUAUGAAAUGAAGAGGAUUGUUCAUGGUGCAACGAUUCCAAACAUCAUUAUUAUUAUUUCUUACUAUUAUAUCAAUAUUAUAUGUAUUAUAUUAUAAAAUCCACAAUUAAAGGACAUUUGAGUGAUUUUAAUAAGUCUUGGUUGACUCUCCUGAUGACUGUGUAUUGUUAAUAUAUGCUAGUUUAUUAUUUAGUGCACUUUAGAUAUAUUCUCUAGUUCAUAUUGGGAUGGUACCUGUCAAUUUUAAAUAUGUGCAUUAGAUUAAAUACGCAUGCGCCAGUCAUGUUUGUCGGGACUGUUUGUAAGAACACAUGGAAUGAUCUCUGUUUGUAACGUGUGCGGGACUACUGUGGUGUGUGUUUGUUUUACUAAGGAUUUUUCUAAGCUGUUUAAUAAA